CCCAGCUUGGCCUCAGGACUAUUGAGAGACUGCACAACUUUCACAAAGGCUCUGAACCGGCACUGAUGCUCGAGGAGGCAACACAAGGAAGACAACCGGUCAAACGAUCUUCACACUUCUCAAGUGUUGUUCUACAGAAGAAAAAGGAUCUGGAUUGGUUUUACACUCCGGCCGAGGAUCUACGGUUCCUCAAGUUCUAGAUCCUGCUUGAACAUCUCUAAAGGUUUGACACUGUCGAAAAACACUGAGGAAUCCCUAUUUAACCCCGAAGAGAGAGAAUUGGUGUCAACCACUUGCCAACUUUCCAUCACCAUGACAAGCACCACCAGCGACCAAAAGGCCGUGUCCUGUGCCCUGAUGGCCAAACCUCAGCGUCAGCGGCUGGUCAGUAAGGACGGACGGAGCCUGACGCAAGGCAAUGCCCCGGGCUCCAGAGAGACAUGGUUUGGGGCCAUGCGGGACAUGUGGGGGACGUGGCUGGCACUGCGCUGGAGAUGGGUGGUGCUGGCGUUCUGCGGUUCCUUCCUGCUUCACUGGCUGCUGUUUGCGGUGUUGUGGUACCUGCUCGCCCGUGUCAACGGAGACCUGGACGUGCUCGACCAUGACUCCCCACCACCCGGCCACGUGCUGUGUGUCAAACACGUGACGGGCUUCACCGCCGCCUUCUCUUUUGCUCUCGAGACACAGUUGACCAUCGGGUACGGCACCAUGUACCCCAACGCUGACUGUCCGACCGCCAUAGCCCUGCUCGCCCUGCAGAUGCUGCUGGGACUCAUGCUGGAGGCCUUCAUCACUGGUGCAUUCGUGGCUAAGUUCUCCCGGCCUCAGAAGCACUGCGGUGGGAUCCUGUUCAGUCCUCAGGCCGUAGUGUGUGAGGUCAGAGGUCAACGUUGCUUAAUGUUCCGUGUCUGUAACCUGCUUCCACGGCCGCUGGUGGAUGUGUGUGUGAGCGCCGUUCUCUACGAAGAACAUGACGAUCACGAACUCCACCAAACCGCGAUUGAAUUCAGUGUCGAUAACCUGGGGUCACGACCUUGCCCCCUUUUCCUGUCACCUCUGACUUUUUAUCACCCUCUAACACCAUCCAGCCCUCUAAACAAUGCCCCAAACACCAAACACUUCGAGUUGGUGGUGUUCCUCACCGCUUCUCAGGAGAGCACAGGCUCUGGGUACCACAAGAGGACGUCCUACCUGCAUGACGAGAUCCAGUACGGCAGCUGCUUCACCAAGGUGACGUCUCAGCACGGAAAAGGCCAGAGCAAAGCCAAAAGCAUGCGCUAUUUUGACACGCAGCCCUGUCCACUCACGCUCCCAAACACACACACCAGAGAUGCACUGGAGAAAGAGCAUGUGGUGGUCCAGAAUAACGGAGAAGGCAGUGAACGGGUGGAGUAGUGUAUGAUUUCAUAAGAAUUCUCCAAUCAUGAAACAGCCAUUUCAUUUCACAACACAACCUCCAGAUUAUGACUUUUUAAUCCCAAAAGACACCCCGUCCUGUUAGUAACCAAUCAAAACCAUUUUUGCUGCUACGGACACAUUUGUGUUUUCCAGAGCAACACAGAUGAGUGACGGCUGAUUGAGAUAUUGUUUUCAUAUGGCAAUAAGAGGAAUCUCCAAUGUUUUAUGAUUGUAACUGACCACCUUCAUCCUGAAUCCACUGACAGCACAAAACCAAGUUUGAGCUCUCAUUUAUUCAGCGCCUGGACAUAGUCACUGCAAACCCUGUCUGUAUCUGAGUCAAGGGCUCGUUUUUUAAAUAUGAAUUAUUAAAGCACUGCAUGCUGCUGGGUAGAUUACUUACAAAUUAUAAUAUGUUACUGAUUACAAAUUACAUGAUGGAAAUGAUAGUGAACAACACAAACUAUUGGAUCACACAUAUUAGGUAAUGUAUUCUGACUACUUUUGGAUUACUUUGAUUUAAAAUAUAUUCCAUCCAUGAAGUGUAUAAAACAUAACAUUAUGCUAGAGAUUCAUGAAUGAACUACAGGGGGGUUGUGAAUUGAUAAAAAGCAGGAAGACUUUCUAUGGCGUUAUUUCCCUUUCAAAUGUCGAGAGCGCAUAAUUGUAGCGCGAAAGUACAUUAAUUUGGUGCGGGAACGCGAAUCUCUCCCUCGAAAGAUUCCAUUAUAAGAACAUUAUAUUCCGCGCGCGAGCAGAGAGAUUCGCGCUCGUGCACAUUAUAUUCCGCGCGCGAGCAGAGAGAUUCGCGCUCGUGCACAUUAUAUUCCGCGCGCGAGCAGAGAGAUUCACGCUCGCGCAUCAUAUUAAUGUACUUUCGCGCUACAAUUAUGCGCUCUCGACAUUUGACAGGGAAAUAACGCCAUAACUUUCCAAAUGCAUGAAAAAAGUAGAAUUUUAAAAAUGAAAACGAUAGAGAGAGAGAGAGAGAGAGAGAGA